UCCAUUUGUAAUGAAGGAUCCGAUGAGGGGGAUCAGAUCAGGGCUGCUGCUGAGUCCGCGAGGGCAACGAGGAGAGGAACGAUAUAAAUGAGGAAGAAACUGCAUUCGCUUUGAACGGAUCUCAGCCUCCACUGCGGCCGGCGGUGACGGGAGGAGCGGACGAGCCGCUGUUUGCGCGCAUGGAGACGGACACUGUAGCGAGAAGCAACCAGAUGACAUCUCAGAGCUGCACGGGGAACAUGGUGGAUUUUUGAGAGCAUACAACAGCAACAUUUGGACAGUUGGAUUAACUAAUUUAUAUAUAAUUGAGUGGAAAUCAAAGCAAGCUACAAAUAUAUGCGAGCAGAGAGAGAGCGUGCAGGAGCAGGAUGAGCGUGUUUUCUGCAUGGAGAGCAGAGCAGUGCGUUUGAGUGGGACAUGGCAAACGGAGGGGACCAGUUCGGCCUUGCAGAGCGUCCGGACUCGGACUGCAUGGAUUCCCCAAAAGAGAGCAAACAGGAAAAUCCCAGCUACACCUUAAACUCACCAGCUUCACCGCAGACAGCCUCCAGCCAGCAGGCACCGGCCUGCACCGCGGAGCAUAAUGGGAUGGAAGGAAUCAAAGUUUUCCUUCAUGACAGGGAACUUUGGACGAAAUUUGAUGAAGUGGGAACUGAAAUGAUCAUCACCAAGGCUGGAAGGAGGAUGUUCCCCAGCUACAAAGUGAAGGUCACAGGACUCAACCCAAAAACCAAGUACAUACUCCUGAUGGACAUAGUGCCCAGGGAUGACCAUCGCUACAAAUUCGCGGACAAUAAAUGGUCUGUAACGGGAAAGGCAGAGCCCGCGAUGCCCGGGAGGCUCUACGUUCAUCCAGACUCUCCCGCCACCGGGGCGCACUGGAGCCGCCAGCUCGUCUCUUUUCAGAAGCUCAAACUCACCAACAACCACCUGGACCCCUUUGGACAUAUAAUACUCAACUCCAUGCACAAAUACCAGCCUCGUCUUCACAUUGUCAAAGCGGAUGAGAACAACGGCUUCGGCUCCAAAAACACGGCCUUCUGCACCCACGUCUUCUCAGAGACUGCCUUUAUCGCUGUGACGUCCUACCAGAACCACAAGAUUACACAGUUGAAGAUAGAGAAUAAUCCUUUUGCCAAGGGCUUCCGAGGCAGCGACGACAAUGAGCUGCACCGCAUGGCCAAGCUACAAGGUAAGGACUACCCUGUGGUCCCUCGUAGUACUGUCCGUCAGAGAGCCUGCUCCACCGGGAGUCCAUUCAGUGGGGAGGGUCAGGGUCUGCAAAGUUCCCCCGAAGUCGCCGGGUCCCCCUAUAGCUGCGAGAACGGCUUGAGUGGCAGCAGUCCCCAGGAGCUGCUGAGCUCUCCCCCUGCACACUACAUACUGCCUCACCCUCAUCUGCAGCACGGCCAACAGCCGCAGGUCUACCACUGCACCAAGAGGAAAGUGGUGGAGAACUGCUCUCCAGGAAACCGCCAGCACCCGUACAAGAAACCCUUCACUGGUAGCUCACCAAGUGAGGGCGAGUCUUACUAUCACCCCUCCUCCUACCCUCCUCCUCCACCCGGUCUAUCCAACAACCCUGCCCUGGGUCUCACUGACUCCCCCUACAGCUCAGACAUGGGACAGCGUCAGGCAUGCAUGUUUGCCGGCUCAGAGCCCAGACUGGAUGAACUCAACUGUACAUCCUGGUCAUACACAUGCCCACUCCCAUCUGCCAUGACCCCCAUGGAGUCCUACCCACCUUAUACCCCUCAUCCUCCCUACAGCUCCAGCCCUCAGGGCUCUCGACUCAGCGCUAUAGCCCACCAGAGCUCUCCGCCGCUGGGAGAACAGAUCGCCCACGACCCCUACCAGAGCCAGAGCUCUGGACCUCCAUCUCAGAGCUCCCAAAAUGUUCACAGCAGGCAGCUCAGCCCUCCUCUUAGAGAGUACCCUCGCUACACGCCCAACCUGUCUCCUCCUCUCUACCACACACUAGAGACUCACACACACAUCAGGUGUGGAGUCCCAGAAUGGAGUGCAGCCUCCUAACUGAACCAGGAUAAACCAGAAAGACUGAUUAGUGGACAGAGAUUCCUCUUCUCAAAUUCAGUGACCCCUCUAUCUGCUCUUCUGAAAGAUGCUGCACCGUAUACGGACUAAAUGUGAUAUUACCUUUGUAAAAUAAUUGUGAAAAGUGUGAUUUUGUGCUGUAUGAAAAAGUGUCAUCUUUUAUCUUCUGUAAUGUUUCUCCCUCGUGCUGGAUGGAGCAGUGGAUUGUUAAAAACUAGACAUGGACAUGCAUGACGCUUCAGACGUUUAAAAAGAAAAGAGUCUGAGUAGCACAAUCAACGUUGUACUUUGUCGUCUUUCCAUAACUCAAAGACUGGUGUCAUCCAAACAUUUGCACUGUGAGCCCUGUUAAGGCCAGACCGUAAACAGCACUAGGCUGCUUCCCUCUCAAUGGCUCCCACUCUCUACAUUGUGAAGGAUGUACAUUGUGACCCACUGUCAGACAGGCAGUAACAUUUUCUGACCAAAAUAAUCUCAGCUCUCACAGCAGAGCCUGAGGGAGACAUUUUUUAUCUUUAGUGGAGCAAAGCAACGCUCCACGCUCAGUCUCAGUAAAGGAGAAAAGGCUUGUGUUGUCUGUGUGUGCGUGAUUGUCUGUAAAGCCUAUGUCAGCUCAGCUCAAGGAUGCUAUGAGUUAAUUUCCAAUGAGACAGGCAGUAGUAGCCGCAGGCGCUGCACCAUAGAGAUAAACAGUUUGUUUAGACCACGCUACAGGCUGCAGGACCUGUAAACGCUGUUUCUACUGCAUUCUGGGUAAAUGCACAAUUCAGCGUCAUGCAGCUGUCACUGCUGUCCUCUUAGUCAACCCCAGGUGACCAAUCGGCAUUCUCUGUUUACAGAGAGCCAGCCAAUGAGCACACGUCUUUCUUUUAUCCCCAGCUGACCAGUUAGAGCUGGAGUGCAGCAUGCUUUAUGUUGGCCCAUUUUUGUUUGUUUCUGAAUUAUUCAUGAGUCCAGUGUUGAUCGUUGACAUGAGACGAUUGCUCAGCAAACUCAAAGAAACACAGUGCUGUAAAUGUGAUAAUAUUGACGCUCCAACUCGUUUUAAUAUUCUUUUCAGUCUCUUUCUUUUGAAUUUAAAUGCUCCCUGUCAUGUUCACACAACAUUUCUCCAUUAAUUUAUUUGACUGGAUUGGGUUAAAUACAUUUCUCUGCAGAUUUGGGUACCAUUACUUUACUCCUUCUAGCUAAUUGAACAGAAACGUUUGUAGUGGCCACUGUGCAAAAUGCACACAAGCUGAGAUUUUGAUCAUGAAGCAGUUUUUAUAUUUCUGCCCGGGUGUUUUACAUGCAGUAUAAUGUGAGAAGGUGCUCUAACAUUACAAACCAUCAGUAUGCAGAGAGCAGAUCCUCAUCGUUCUUUAAUAUGUAUUUGGUGUAUGUGUGUGAGAGAGUAUGUGUGUGUGUGCGAGUUACAGUGAGAUUUUUUAUAGCCUUGUUCCUGCUAAUAGUAUUUAUUACUCUAGAUUUGUAAAGAUUAGUUUGUUGUUAACUUGUGAAACAAGGCAGUAUUGUUAAGAGAUAUUUGCUUCUCAUUGAAGGUUUGUUUCUGGUUUCACCCUCCAUCUACAAGUGGUGAUAAAUAGUUGUGAUAAGCAAACACAAUGUUCUGUUCUAUGGAAAUAAAGACAGAUUUAUAUACAGAAAUUGAAU